AUGGUUGGCCAAUUAAAGGCUAGAAAGGCUGCUGGUGUGAUUUUGAAGAUGAUCCAGGCUGGUAAAAUUGCUGGACGUGCUGUUUUAGUGGCAGGUCCUCCAUCUACUGGUAAAACUGCUAUUGCUAUGGGAUUAUCGCAAAACUUGGGUUCAGAAGUUCCGUUCACUGCGAUUGCUGGUUCUGAAAUCUUUUCAUUGGAAUUAUCCAAAACUGAGUCCUUAACUCAAGCCUUCCGUAAAUCUAUUGGUAUUAAAAUUAAAGAAGAAACCGAGAUGAUCGAGGGUGAAGUUGUUGAAAUCCAAAUUGACAGAUCAAUUACCGGUGGCCAUAAGCAAGGUAAAUUAACUAUAAAAACCACCGAUAUGGAAACUAUCUAUGAAUUAGGUAAUAAGAUGAUAGAAGGUUUAACGAAGGAAAAGGUUUUAGCUGGUGAUGUUAUAUCUAUCGACAAAGCAUCGGGCAAGAUUACAAAAUUAGGUAAAUCCUUCACUCGUGCGAGAGAUUAUGAUGCAAUGGGACCUGAAACAAAGUUUGUUCAAUGUCCAGAAGGCGAAUUACAAAAAAGAAAGGAAGUCGUUCAUACGGUUUCAUUACACGAAAUUGAUGUGAUAAAUUCAAGACAACAAGGCUUCUUAGCAUUAUUUUCCGGGGACACAGGUGAAAUUAGAUCAGAAGUUCGUGAUCAGAUUAAUACUAAGGUUGCAGAAUGGAAAGAAGAAGGUAAGGCCGAAAUAGUACCAGGUGUUUUGUUUAUCGAUGAGGUUCACAUGUUGGACAUCGAAUGUUUUUCAUUCAUAAAUAGAGCAUUAGAGGAUGAUUUUGCGCCUAUUGUAAUUAUGGCUACUAACAGAGGUAUUUCAAAAACCCGUGGUACAAACUACAAAUCCCCUCACGGUUUACCUAUGGAUCUUUUAGAUAGAUCGAUUAUUAUUCAUACAGCUCCAUAUAAUGCUGACGAAAUCAGAACUAUCUUGUUGAUUAGAGCGACUGAAGAAGAAGUCGAAUUAACGGGUGAUGCAUUAGCAUUAUUAACCAAGAUUGGACAGGAAACUAGUUUGAGAUAUGCGUCUAAUUUGAUAUCCGUAUCGCAACAAAUCGCUUUGAAGAGAAGAAGUAACUCUGUCGAUUUACCUGAUAUUAAGAGAAGUUAUAUGUUAUUCUUAGAUUCUGAUAGAUCUGUUCAAUAUUUAGAAGAGUUCUCGACACAAUUUAUUGAUGACAGUGGUAACGUUACAUUUGGAACGAACGAUGCAAGUGUUAAGCAAGCUAAAGGCGCUGCUAGUGGUGAAGACAAAAUGGAAACUGAUUAG